UCGAUGGCGCCCUCACUCGUGAUUAGCCGGAUCUGCAGCGUUUGCCGGGUAAGGGCUCGUGCAUCUGCAGCACCGGAUUCGUCAGCCGUCCUCGUCUCGUUUUCCUUUAAUCCAACGUCGACCUGUCACGUCUCGAGGCCGCACAUUUUACACCUCCCAUUUCGAGAGCAUGUCACAACCUUAUACGCAACUGACCACGGCUCACGCAGAGUGGAUAUCCGCUUUGACUUUGGCACGCAAGAGCUGGCUCAUCCGAUACCGUGAUUGCGCGCGCUGACCCAGUCGCUCUUGACAUACAUGCGCACACAAACGGAUACGCAUGUCAUCUCUCCAUUUGCGCGCCCAUAACUCUCCGAGGAGAUUAAAAGAAGAGUCUUGUCUUUGUGGGGAGAGCAGGUGCUUCGAGCAUGCAAGGCGGCACGCCGAGGCACGAAUCCUCCGGGCGCGUGUGGAGAGUCGCGCUCCUUCCACAUGUAGUAAAACAUGAAUCCAAUUACCGCUUUCAAAGAGACAUUUACCCCGGGCAUUUUGCAGCAAAUCCGUGACAUGGGUGAAUGAUGGGAGAUCGCUUGAGGUGAAUGCGAUGUGACACUGGGCUAAGAAAGGCUGAGGUUACUACCAGGUCACAUCGUCGGCCAUUUCACUCAUGUGCAGCUUCAGGCUAUGUGGACCGGCAAGUCAUGUCGUCUGAAUAUCGCGUUUCUAUCUCGAUCGUGUCUCUGAACUUCGGCUACUCCUGGAGAGACACGACGUCUUUGAUGAACAAGAUUCAAGCUAGGUCGAAUGCUGAUUCAACAACGCGAGUACACAAACGCCCGACCCAACGGCUGCGCAGCCCACACGAUCUUCCGGGUAUGGCCCCAGACUCCCAGGAGUGGACCCCUGCGCCGUGUCGUGACACCUCCCCAGGGAUGUAAGAGUCUAGUUUGUGUAACACUCACGACGGUACCUGCAGAUCGAUGCCUGCUUUUGGUAAAGCCACCGUGGACGGGUCUCCGCCUCGCCCUUCACCAUCUCAGUCCCAUGUCUACCUUCCGUAAAUGAGUACGUAGACUUGUGAAUCAUAGAGCAGGGGAGAUGGCGCCAGACACUUCUAUACCAAGAUCUUGUGUAUAUAACAGAGCUUCACUGCGCCUGUCGUCACAUUCCUGGCAGCUCAUCAGUUCAUUCUUGGAGUUCAGUUCGCAUUCCAUAGACAUCAGCCCUAAACACGGCCUGUGUUGGUCUCGUUUCUUUACUUUACGAAGUUGCUUGAAGCAACACUGUCGAUCCCUACUUUUGCAUACUGUCCUUUCAGGUCAAUAUCCUCUUCCACUCUGACAGUCCUUUCUCGAUAUGCCGAGAUUAGCUACGUUGCUGGGCUUGGCCCCAGCUCUUCUCGUGCAAGGCUUGCCUGCACCAGAAAUAGGAGCUUGGAAAACUCAGGGCGAUCAUAAAUACACGAAUCCGAUGAAAAUACAAGCUACUUCGACAUACAGCUCCAAACCGUCCUCUUUCCAAUCAGCAUCUCAGACUGUGUCGCCGUCGAUCACAGGUUCUGUUCAAACCUCACUUCCGACUCUUGGUUUCUCGCAAAAUCCCAUAAUGUCGAGCUCUAUUCCGACACCGCAGACUUCUUUAUCACCGAUCCAAUCCACUCUGGUGCCUGAACCUACCAGUCAACUCAAAGUUGAAGGGAAUAUUUUCGUGCCCAUGGCUUCGGAUGCCCCCCCUCAACAGAUUACGAGUCGCGGUGAUCAUGCAGUGAAGAAGCUGAACAUUGUCGACCAGGAUUCCCCCAUUGGAACGAACAAGUUCUACGCGAACUUGUUUUUGGGUAACCAGAAUAAUCCAGUCUGGACACAGCCUUAUGCUUUGGCCUGGACCAAAGGCACUGGCAACACCUACGGAAUAUCGGUCACUCACACCGAACGGGAUCAGCUAGCUUUUGAUCAAAACACGCCACCACGAUACUUUAUCGCUCCUCAGGGCAUGCAACAAAUCGUGCUCUCUGCGACAGAGCUCCAGCAGAAUACGGUGCUCUCUACCGAGGACAUCACGGGAUUCUCUGUAUAUGCCAACCUAGCCCCUUCAGCAGAUUCUACGCCUGUCAUGUCAUUUCCUUUAGUACAAGGAAUGGGCUUUGUUACCGCUCUUUACAACAGCGGAACGCCUCGAUUGACUUCCGGCGUAUUCUUCCGGUCAUUGGAGUAUGUAGGGCAACUCAAUGAUAUCACGUACAAGUAUAGGAUCGUAUUGAACGACAAUUCGAACUGGCUCAUUUACGCUACGCCUACAGGCACUCUCGGCGCUCCUCCAUUCACCCUGGCCAACAGCACCACCAUCGAUGGCCCGAGCGGCUACACCGGAAUGAUCCAAGUUGCAAAGAAUCCAGCCCAGACCUCGGGCGAAGACUCCUACGACUCCGCUGCUGGAGCCUUCGCGGCAAAUGCCACAAUCUCUGGCACUGCCGACGGUUCCUCCGGAAGCUACACCCUCACAUGGGGCAAAGGCGGUGUCGCAGACACUCCUUUGAUCAUGUUCGGUCUGCCGCACCACUUGGAAUCUCUGGACGAGAACACCCGAUCGAAACUGACCGAUAUCGAGCUUGUCACCGGCACCAAGGGAGUUGCCCGUGCUAUCGUUGCCAAUGCCAUGACCCUGAGCGAACCCAACCUCCCCGACAGCAUCGGUUUCGACCCAUGGGUCGUCAACGCCGCGGGCACUGGAGGCACCAGCAACACCAAUAUUGACGAAAGUGCCCUUGCUGCAGUCCGUAACUCAGCAGCCAUCGAACUUGCCCAAGAUUUUGACAAGCAAACGCGGCUCAACAGCAUGUACUACAGCGGCAAAGCGCUCGCCAAGUUCGCCGUCACCAUCUACACAACCCACCAAAUCGCAAAAGACACUCAACUCGCAGCGGCGGGCCUAGCCAAACUCAAAGACUCCUUCAAAGUCUUCACCGACAACACCCAGCCACUUCCCCUCGUCUACGACACCGUCUGGAAAGGCGUCGUCUCCUCAGGGACCUACCAAAACGGCGACACAGGUCUAGACUUUGGCAACACGCUCUACAACGACCACCACUUCCACUACGGCUACUUCGUCUACACGGCCGCCGUCAUCGGCUACCUCGACCCGGCGUGGCUCGACCAAGGCACCAACCGCGCCUGGGUCAACACGCUCGUCCGCGACUUCGCCAACCCCGUCGAGUCGGACCCCUUCUUCCCCUUCCAGCGCUCCUUCGACUGGUACAACGGCCACUCGUGGGCCAAGGGCCUCUUCGACUCGGGCGACGGCAAAGACCAAGAAUCCACCUCCGAAGACACAUUCGCGACCUACGGCCUCAAAAUGUGGGGCAAAAUCUCGGGCGACGCAAACAUGGAAGCGCGCGCGAACCUGCAGCUCGCGGUCCAGAAACGCUCCCUCAUAAACUACUUCCUCCUCCAGAGCGACAACAAAGUCCAGCCGCCCUCGUUCAUCCCGAAUAAAGUCACGGGCAUCCUCUUCGAGAACAAGGUCGAUCAUAUCACGUAUUUUGGCGGCAAUAUCGAGUAUAUCCAGGGCAUCCACAUGUUGCCCAUCAACCCUUCGUCCGCGUACACACGUCCAAAGAAGUUUGUGCAGGAGGAGUGGGAUCAGUAUUUCAGCAAUGGCCGUGUCGAUCAGGUCGAGGGGGGUUGGAGGGGCGUCUUGUACUCGAACCUCGCGCUGAUUGAUCCUACCACGGCGUAUAAUUGGUUCGCGAGGCAGGAUUUCGAUAUGCAGUAUCUCGAUGGCGGGAUGAGUCGGACGUGGUUUAUUGCGUUUUCGGCGGCGUUGAGGGCGGGCGGUGGGUCUUGA